AUGGUUGCAACUCUUAUUGAUCUAUCAGUGAAUCAGUUCUUAGGUAGCAUUCCAACCAGAAUUGGAGAUUUACAGAGCUUAGUCAAUCUUUCCUUAGCACAUAACAUACUGCAAGGGUUUAUUCUUGAGUUAAUGGGCAAGCUGCUGAACUUGGAGCGACUCGAUCUAAAUCACAACAAUCUUUCUGGAAUAUGUGGCGAUCCUUUAUAUGGUCUCCCACCCUGUCAUACUAUUGGAAAUGGUAGACAAAGGAGACGAAAAGUGAUGCUUGGAGUUGUAUUUGCUUUGUCGGGUACUAUAGCACUAAUUAUAGUUGCCAUGGCCUUGGCAUGUGCAGUUAAAAGUUACAGAAGGAAAAAUUUGGGGGAAAGUAUAACAGACUUUGCACCUCCCACAACUCUAUCGAGGGUCUCAUAUUAUGAGCUUAUGCAAACAACUGAAGGGCAUAGUGAAAGUCAUUUACUUGGAUCUGAGACUUUUGGCUUUGUCUAUAGAGGGACUCUUAAUAAUGGAAGGGAUGUGGCAAUUGUUCAUUGUGAUUUAAAGCCAAGUAAUGUACUGCUGGAUGACGACAUGGUUGCCCACUUGUGUGAUUUUGGAAUUGCCAAGUUACUGGAUGAGGGAGAAAGCAAUACACAUACUACAACCCUGGGAACAUUGGGUUACAUUGCACCAGAGUAUGGAUUGGAAGGAUUGGUGUCAAUAAGAUCAGAUGUUUAUAGCUAUGGUAUUAUGUUAAUGGAAAUAUUUACCAGUAUGAACCCAAGCAGCGAAAAGUUUUCUGGGGAAUUAAGCCUGAGAAGCUGGAUAAAUGAUUCUAUGCCCAAUGCUAUUACUCAAAUUAUAGAUUCCAACUUGUUGGCUCUAGAAGGAGAAUAUUACACAGAAAAGUUGAAAUGUUUGUCAUCUAUAAUGGAACUAGCUUUAAAUUGCUCCAUGGAAAGUGCAAAUGAGAGGGUGAAUAUGAAAGAAGUUGUCGUAGCAUUGAAGAAGAUCAGAUAG